AUGGCAAGAAGGAGAAGAAGCCGAAGAUUGGUUGAAAAAGCGGUCAAUAUUCUUUCAGAAGAAGUUAGACUUGGUGGCCCCGUUCACUACCGGUGGAUGUACCCCAUGGAGAGAUUUUUUGUUCGGCUUAAAGCGCUUGUGAAGAAACAGAGCUCGGCCGGAAGAGAGUUUGUGGAUGAGGAGAAAGGAAAAUCGUGUCCUUCAACUACUUUGACUCUGGCUUCCAUCGAUAAGUUGAUAGACCAGCACUUCCCUGACUGGUUGGAACAGAAGGUUAUCCUAGGUGAUGGACUAGGAAUCACUAAAAAAGUUCGAGCUUUGGCUGCCAAACCGAGCAGACAUGGUGUGAGAUACAGCGGCUAUAUUAUUAAUGGUUUCAGGUUCCACACACUAAGUCGUGAGGCUGCAAGGUCGACACAAAAUAGUGGUGUAGUGAACAUUGCAGAAGAUGGGGUUAAUUAUUAUGGCAGAUUAACAGAUAUAAUAGAACUGACAUACACUGACUACAAGGUUGUUCUUUUCAAAUGUGAUUGGUAUGAUGUCCAUCAUCGUGCUGGUUUACGAAACGAUGAGUUUGGAUUACCACUUGUGAAUUUUUCAAAGAAAAUACACACCGGGGAAAAACUGGAGCAUGAUCCCUGUGUCUUUUCUUCACAAGUGGAGCAAGUCUUUUAUGUUGAACACCCAAAAGCUGAAGGAUGGAAUUCUGUGGUAAGAUUUAAGCCACGAGAUACUUUUGACAUGGGUGAUGAUGAACUGCCACCGGAUGAAGCAAAUUAG